UCAGCGGCAGUUUGCCGACGUCAAACAGGAAGUAAACAGUGUAACAGGGAGUUCAGUGAAAGUGCAGCUUCUGGCCACGCUGAACUGAUCACACCAUUAUAAUAAUGCCACUAACGGUUCUGACUUCUGCCUGCAGACUAAAGCCUCUUUGCAGACUGCAGCGGAUCCAGGCUCACAUGAUGUCGAGUCACGUGGAACCAGAGGUUCUCCUGGAGAAAGCAGGCAGAGCUGCUGUGAUCACCAUGAACAGACCCAAAGUCCUCAACGCCCUCAACUUGAGCAUGAUCCGCCAGAUCUACCCUCAGCUCAAGAAAUGGGAAAAUGACUCUGAGACAGACAUUGUGAUCAUCAAAGCAGCGGGUGGGAAAGCCUUCUGUGCCGGAGGAGACAUUAGAGCGGUCACAGAAGCAGGAAAGGUCGGCGGUUCGCUGGCGCAGGACUUCUUUCGUGAGGAAUAUCUUCUGAACAACGCAAUAGGAACAUACAAGAAGCCAUAUGUGGCCAUAAUUGAUGGGAUAACGAUGGGAGGGGGCGUCGGUUUGUCGGUUCAUGGGAGGUAUCGAGUCGCCACGGAGAAGACGCUCUUUGCCAUGCCGGAAACCGCCAUCGGGCUUUUCCCUGAUGUGGGAGGGGGCUAUUUCCUGCCGAGGCUCCAGGGAAAGUUGGGACUGUUCCUCGCCUUGACGGGCUUCCGGCUGAAGGGACGUGAUGUUCAGCGAGCUGGAGUCGCCACUCACUUUGUAGAAUCUAAGAAGAUCCCAGACCUGGAGAAGGAGCUUGUGGACCUGAAGUCUCCAUCUGAUACGGACGUCUCCAGACUGCUGGAGUCUUUCCAGAAGCAGAGUGAUCUGGACUCUGACAAACCUUUUGUCCUGGACAAACAUAUCUCUGAUAUUGACAGGCUUUUUGGCUCCGGCAGUGUGGAGGGAAUCAUGCAGAACCUGAAGGCCGACGGAUCAGAGUUUGCUAAGAAACAAGCUGAGACUCUUUCCAAAAUGUCUCCCACGUCCCUGAAGAUCACCUUCAAACAGUUGCAGGCGGGCGCCACCCUGAGCCUGCAGGACGUGUUGGUGAUGGAGUAUCGGCUGAGCCAGGCCUGCAUGAGAGGCCAUGACUUCUAUGAGGGCGUACGCGCAGUUCUGAUCGACAAAGACCAGAAUCCUCGCUGGAAUCCGUCAGCCCUGGGGGAAGUUUCUGAUCAGUACGUGGACGAGUGCUUCGCUUCGCUGGGAGAGAAGGACCUGACUUUCUGAUGUGUGAUCAACCAGCCGCCGUCGCCUCCCACCCUCUGAACAUUCAGGCCUUGUCUAAACAGACGCUUCCUGCUCACUCAUCCUUUCAUGGUCAGUCGUUUCAGACGGCCGUGCUGCAGAGAGCCUGUUGCUGUGUGACUAACACUUCACAAUCUCUUUUCCUCUGGAGAUGUUUAGCAGAAAAUUUAGAUCUUUUUCCUUCAGAUGAGAAAUCAAAACAGAAUCAAAGUGCUAACAGAAACAAUUUUUUUUUUUUUUUUAUGUUUGGUGUAAGUUGAGUGUUUUGCUGGAAUUUCAAGGACCUGACAGCCGCAUUGCACUGCCAGCAGAACAGGAGAGAGGGAAAUGAUCUCACCAUUAAGUGCUUCAUCACAUUUCCCGUGGGUGUUUGUUGAUGUGACUGAGAUCAGUUAUCAUCUGUUUUUCUGUGUUUCUGUCUCCAGCUAAAACACAGGCGGUAAUAUUUCCACCUGCUUUUGCCAUUUUUAUGUUUGUCCUUUUUAAAUUUAAUGCGAAACAAAACACAUUUAUUGAUGAUGCAGAAGCAGGAUUUAUUAGUGACUGUAUAAAAAUCACAUAUAGUUUCAUUAAACUGGAAUCUUGUUUUUAUUUCUUAUAAACUUGUCUGUUCUGUAGGAGUGCAGCCAGGUCCUCAUAUCUACAGUAUUUAUGAAUCAGGAGGCAAUAAAAAGAGUUUAUUACAU